AAGCGGGGUGUUUCGCCCGCCCCGGCCCGGGGCUAGUCACGGAGCUUGGUGGCGUCUGUCACCUUCCCCCGGGCGGCGGAUCGGGCCCUUCCUAUCGUUUCCCGGCCAGCGCCCCGGCGCUGGGACCGGCAGCGUCACGCCCCCGCGGGACUCUCGCCCUUCUUUGGCCGUCGAGGGUGCUCAGCGGAGCAAGAGCUGGCGUCCCCGGCAGGCCCUAGCAGCUGGGUCUCCGGGCAGACACGAUGGCGAGCCCAGGAAAAGAUAAUUAUAGAAUGAAAAGUUACAAGAACAAUGCACUCAAUCCUCAAGAAAUGCGCAGACGGAGAGAAGAGGAUGGAAUCCAACUUCGGAAACAAAAAAGAGAAGAACAAUUAUUUAAGCGCAGAAAUGUUUCUCUCCUGGGAAAUGAAGAGUCUAUGGUAGAAAGCCCCAUCCAGGAUCCUGAUGUCAGCUCUACUGUACCUAUUCCAGAAGAAGAAGUUAUUACAGCAGAUAUGGUGCAGAUGAUUUUCUCAGAUGAUCCUGAUCAACAGCUCACAGCAACACAAAAAUUUAGAAAACUGCUUUCUAAAGAACCUAAUCCACCUAUAGAUGAAGUGAUACAGAAACAAGGAGUUGUGCAGAGGUUUGUGAAAUUUCUAGAGAGGAAUGAGAAUUGCACUCUCCAAUUUGAAGCAGCUUGGGCUUUGACAAAUAUAGCAUCUGGAACUUUCCUACACACCAAAGUAGUAAUUGAGACUGGAGCUGUUCCAGUUUUUAUUAAAUUGCUUAAUUCAGAACAUGAAGAUGUACAGGAGCAGGCAGUGUGGGCUCUUGGUAAUAUUGCUGGUGACAACGCAGAAUGCAGAGACUUUGUCUUAAACUGUGGAAUACUCCCCCCACUCUUGGAAUUGUUAUCAAAUUCAAAUAGACUUACAACAACUAGAAAUGCAGUCUGGGCUCUCUCAAACCUCUGUAGAGGCAAGAAUCCACCUCCAGACUUUAGUAAGGUUGCUCCUUGCUUAAAUGUUUUAUCAAGACUGUUGUUUAACAGUGACCCAGAUGUAUUAGCAGAUGCUUGUUGGGCCCUCUCUUACCUUUCAGAUGGACCCAAUGAUAAAAUCCAAGCAGUUAUUGAUUCUGGAGUCUGUCGAAGAUUGGUGGAACUUCUUAUGCAUAAUGAUUACAAGGUGGUGUCUCCUGCAUUAAGAGCAGUUGGAAAUAUUGUGACCGGUGAUGAUAUUCAAACACAGGUAAUUCUAAAUUGCUCUGCAUUACCCUGUCUCCUUCAUUUGCUGAGUAGUCCUAAGGAAUCCAUUCGAAAAGAAGCAUGCUGGACUGUUUCUAAUAUUACUGCAGGAAACAGAGCUCAGAUUCAGGCUGUUAUAGAUGCAAAUAUUUUUCCAAUAUUGAUUGACAUUCUUCAGAAAGCUGAAUUUCGCACCAGAAAAGAAGCAGCAUGGGCUAUCACUAAUGCAACAUCAGGAGGUACUCCUGAACAGAUAAGGUAUUUGGUAGCAUUAGGUUGUACCAAGCCUCUUUGUGAUCUCCUGACCGUGAUGGAUUCCAAAAUAGUGCAGGUGGCUUUGAAUGGACUUGAAAAUAUUCUGCGUCUUGGAGAGCAAGAAUCCAAACAAAAUGGAAUGGGCAUUAAUCCUUACUGUGCCCUUAUAGAGGAAGCAUAUGGACUGGAUAAAAUUGAAUUUCUUCAAAGGCAUGAAAACCAAGAGAUCUACCAGAAGGCUUUUGAACUUAUAGAACAUUACUUUGGUGUGGAAGAAGAGGAUACCAGUAUUGCACCUCAGGUGGAUGAGAGUCAGCAGCAAUUUGUGUUUCAGCAGCAGGAAGCUCCAAUGGAAGGAUUUCAGCUAUAACUAUUAAAGUGAAGACAAGGCAAAAAUAUAAACAUUUGCAGCUUUUCAGGGGUCUCCUCUUCAUGGCCAAAGUUAGAGGAGAGGUUUGAAUGUGUUUUGCAGAACACAGGUAAAGAAGCAGCCCAUGCACUUUUAUACUUUUCUGUUAAAUACAACUUUUCAUUCAUUGUUUUUGGUUUGGGUUUUUUUUGUAUUUCUGUGCACUUCAUAUGUUCAGAAACUGUGUGAGUAAUCAAGUCUAAUAUAAAGGGUUAUGUGAUUUAACAAGAAUGGUUAAGUUUGAAUAAUAACUUCAGUAGGAUUUUAGGUAGUUCUGAAUUUUUCAUGCAAUUUCUGCUACUGCAGUAGAGCUGUUGGCAAUUGCAUUUUGGCAGUAAACUUGACAUGCCCAAUCUAUAUCAAAUCUACCUCUGAACUGAAGUAAAAAAGUUUGCUUCAGAACUAAAGCAUGAAAUAAAGAUGAGCUUGUCAAAAGCUAAAUUUAGAAUGUGAAAAAUAUUUAUUGUGAAAUGUAGUUUUAUGCAUUAUAUUUUGCAUAGAGCAUAAACCAGUGAAAUAUAUUUGUAAGACAUUUAAAAGCAUAAUGCAGAUUUUUGUUUAAAUAUAUAAUGUUUAAAUACCAGAUGUUGCUUUGAAUAUGUGACAAAAAGCUGUUCUGCAUUUUGUGGUUUUCAAGUUGUAAUCAGCAGAGAGUUGGUUCAUCACGUGAUGCUGGCUCCUUAUUUCAAGCUGCUAAACAGCAUUAAAGAUAAGCUACAAAUAAAAUACUUUUCUAUGUAAGCAAUUGCUGAAGUUGCCACAGGGAUGUUGUGAUUGUAAAUGAGAGAGGAGGUAAUUUGCGCAGUUGUAAAUGAUAGGGGAGAUAGUCACAUAAACCAUCUCCAUAUUAAAAUGUGGUAACAAUAUAAAAGUUUGACAAAUCUUGCAAUACUUGCCUUUCUUGAAACACUACUUAUUUAAACAAAGUUUAGACUAUAUGUAUGUAUUGUAUUUUUAACCAAAUAUGCUACUGCUUUUUGAAUUUUUUUUUUUAAGUCAGAUGUCUCCAUUUUCUUUAUUUUAGACAAGACUGUAGAAAUGUGCCCUGUUAUAAUCCAUCUUGCUGCAAUUGGGGGAAAAACAAUCUCUUCUCCAUUUGAUUGAAGGAAAAAGGUUUGCUUUGUUGUAAAUAUUAAGUAUAUGAACUCCAAAAUGAAUCUGAAGAUGUCUGCUAAAUGUUUAAUUUCUAAAACACUUAAUGUCUGUUUACUACUACUCACUAAAAGAAAGAUAUCUAAGAAUUUGAAACAGUUCUCAUGUAGAUUUUCAAAGCAUACAGAAGAUUUUUUUUUUUUAAUAUUCAAAAUGUCUAUACCACACUGCUUGAUCUCACUUACCAGUAGCCAGUCUGAAUUUGGAUUAAUGAAAAUGUAUAAUUGUGGUUAAAUAUAUUAGUCAAAUAUUGUGUUGAAAUAAUAGUGAAAGCUUUGAGCUAUGAAACUAUUUAAACCAUGUACAAUAGUUGAAAUUGCAACAGUUAAAAGUCACUCUUUCCAGGGUAGUGUGCUUGUCACUAAACAAAAUGUUGAUACCCUGAGAAAUCCAAAUUAGAGCAUGGUAUCAUUUAUAUUCCGUGUUCUGGGUUUAAACUUGUCUAUAAAAUGUGCAAAUACUGUUUUCAGUUAAAAUUCAUAAAUUUUGUUUUACUUUGAGACUAUUAAAGCACUAUAUAUUGUGUAGUAGUUUCAAGGUGAGAAUUGAAGGAGAUUUUAUAAGAUUAAUAGUCAGUGUGACUAUUGUAUGUAUAAGUAGCAAGAUGCAAUUCAAAAAAUGCCUCCUCAUUUGAAAUUUUCUCCUGGAAAUAAAAGGUCUGAUGUGAGGAAUAUAGGAGUGCGGUUACUAUAAUUCUGUAUAAUGAAAGAUUUAGCAAACACUUUAAACCUAGAUUUGUAUAGAAUACAGCAGGUUUGAAUACUGUGCACAAUGCUGAGCCAAAUUUUUCUUAUGUUUGAGACUUGUAUUUGUGCCCUUUUUUAUGAUAGUUCGAGACUUUAGUAUACUGGCAUUUUUGGCAUCAUCUCUUCAAAGUUCAGGGUAAUUAUAUUGGAAAUUUACAGGAUUACCAAUUAAAUGAUGAUGAUUUUCAGUGUUCUUUUAGUGCAAGCAUAAUCCUAUAAGUAUUCAGGUUACAGGGUAUUCCACUGUUUCUUGCAAACAUUGUUUUGAUAUUACAUAAGCCAGCUGUGCCUGCUUUUAUUUUGAGGACCCCAUAGAUGCUGCAUUUAUAAGCCUCUCCAGUUAAGCCAAAUCUAAA